AUGCCGUCUGAGAUUGAAAUUGUGGCAGAAAGAGAUGAUGAUGAGAUUGAGGUUACUGGAGAGUCUAAGAAUGCUACAGAGAAAGAAAGAUUGGUGAAGAAGACCGAAGAAGGAAUAUACCGCAGGUUCAUUACUAUGUUGACACAGCUUUCCAUCAAUGUUCUGUUGAUAGAAGCUUUGGAUCAAAUUUCUGGGUGUGCGAAGUUUAUGAAGGAUUUGGCUACCAAAAAGAGGGUCGUCAAUUUUGAGAAUGAUGAGAGGUUGCAACAUUGCAGUGCUAUUGCUACUAGGUCACUUGUGCAAAAGAAAGAGGAUCCUGGUGCUUUCAAUAUUCCUUGUGACAUUGGGUUGUUACAUUUUGCGAAGGCGUUGUGUGAUUUGGGUGCUAGCAUUUAUUUGAUGCCAUUGUCUAUCUACAAGAAGUUGGGUUUAGGGGCUACAAAACCGAUUGUGAUGCGACUACUCAUGGACGAUAGAACUGUUUCCAUCAUCUUAGGGAGACCAUUCCUUGCUACUGGGCGCGCCUUGGUCGAUAUGGAGAGUGGGCAGAUGAAGUUUCGAUUGAAUAAUGAAGAGGUAACUUUCAAUAUUUGUAGGUGUAUGAAGAAGGAAAGCGAUCUCAAAUAUGUAUCAGUAGUGAAUCAUAUUGUGAAGCGAGGUUCUAAAGUGUCUAUUGAAGAAAGCUUGGGUGUUGAUCCACUGGUAGCGGUAAUUAUGAAUAUUGAGGGUGAUGGUAUUGAAGACUAUGAUGAAUUAGUUGCCGCACUUGAUAGGUUCGAAUUCCAUUCCAAGCCAAAGAAGUUGGAACUAGAUAUGAAGAAUCGUGACUCUCCACCCACAAAAUCGUCAGUUGAAGAAGCUCCACAAUUAGAGCUCAAGGCUCUACCAUCUCAUUUGAGGUAUGUAUUCUUGGGGAGAGAUGGCACUUUACCGGUAAUCCUUGCAGCCAAUGUGAAUGAGGUACACAUAGAGGCAUUGGUUUCUUUGUUGAAAAGGUUCAAACGGGCUAUUGGAUGGACUAAUUGGGAUUCCUCCCGGCAUUUGUUCUCAUAA